UGAACUAGACUUUUCUCCUUUUUCCGGUGGUUGUGAACUAGACUUUUCUCCUUUUUCCGGUGGUUGUGAAGUAGCCUUCUCUUCUUCUUCUUCUUCCCAUAAUGAUGAACGAGACUGCCUUCUUCUUUUUGGUGAUAGUAAGUCAUUAGGUUUUCCUGUCGGUGAUAACGAUAUUUCUGAACCAGACUGCUCUCCUUCUUCCGAUGGUUGUGAAGCAGUCUUCUCUUCUUCUUUCGGUGGUUGUGAAGCAGUCUUCUCUUCUUCUUUCGGUGGUUGUGAAACAGUCUUCUCUUCUUCUUUCAGUGGUUCUGAAGCAGAUUGCUCUUCUUCUUUCGGUGGUUCUGAACCAGACUGCUCUCCUUCUUCCGAUGGUUGUGAAGCAGUCUUCUCUUCUUCUUUCAGUGGUUCUGAAGCAGAUUGCUCUCCUUCUUCUUUCGGUGGUUCUGAAGCAGUCUUCUCUUCUUCUUUCGGUGGUUGUGAAGCAGUCUUCUCUUCUUCUUUCAGUGGUUCUGAAGCAGAUUGCUCUUCUUCUUUCAGUGGUUCUGAAGCAGAUUGCUCCUCUUCUU